GUGACGCUGAUGCAUUUCCUUAAAUUGCGGUGUCGUGCCCUAAAGUAUGUAACGAGAAGAUGCUGUGGAGUUAAUAGUGUUUUUAUUUUAUAAUAUAAAUACGGUGUUCUAACAUGUUUAAAGAAACUGCAAAACGUUUUAAGGCCACAGCGCCUUUACUUUUGCAAAGUGCGCUAUUUAGGCAGGCAAGAAUCAGCACUAUACGUGUUGGGAACAGUGUACAUGGGCACCGAUAUUUCAAUGUCAGCUGCAUUUUAAAUGCGAAGGUACUGCCGAGGAAGAAGCCACGGGUCAAGGUGGACAUUCCCGGACUUGAGCGCAUUACCUAUGCGGAUAGAAUGCACUUCGUCCCCGGGUUGGCAAAGCCUUUUUUUCCUGUCUGGGAACGAGACUGGAACGACCCCUCUCACUUCUAUUCGUCGAAAUUAGAGGAGAUGCCACUUCAUAAAGAGAAGCAAUGUUUCAUAUUUAGCCAAUCGACCAAUCCACUUGAAGGUGUCAGGCAAGCACUGUGGCUAACGAAAUCCAACCUUACAAAGGGACUUCCAGACCAGGUGCUGUCUUUAGUCAAUAACAAAGCCAAUCAGAUGGAAAACUUGGAUGACAGAGUUCAGAAUGCAAUCAGGCAUGCUUGCUUGUGGGACACCACAGAGGAAGAACCAUCCAGAGAAAAGUAUUGUGGUACUCUGGUGAGGAACUUGCUUCAUCUGUGUGGAAGCCUGCAGGCCACACACCCUGGGCUUGGCAGGAGGAUCUUUGCAGAGAAAUACAGUCUGGCUGCCACUUGGAGCAGAGGUGAUGAAUUGUUCCAGGUGAGAGGAAAGAAUGGGCUUCUGCUUAACAGCAUGGAUCCUCUCCCAGUGGUUGCUGGGAAAGAGGAGAUCCAGAAUACGGCUGACCACAUCCUGGAGACAUUCUAUCCGAUCUCUCCCACCAUCGACCUGCAGCGUGUCCAUGUGUACAAAGAACUCAGUCAUACAGGCUUCAAAGAUGACUACCCGUACCCCCAUGCUCACACCCUCUUCAUCCUGAGGGCCGGAGACACCCUAGUCAACCUCCCUCCAGAGCAGCUACGUGCCAAGAUGAUUAUGUUUGCUUUUGGGAACGCCCUGACUCGUGCGCAAACACUCCAUGGGACUAAAGCCGGAGUCCUUGAGGAGCCCAUUGUGGUCCAGUCGGUGGCCACUGAUGGGCAGAUGUUCCAGUUUGUGGUGUUCCAACUUAAUACCACAGACCUGCAGCCUGAUGAGGGUGUCAAAAACAUGGUCUGGAUAGAUGAGGACCAGCUGUUGUAUGAUUCUGCAAUUGUCUGUCCAGUUCUGAAAAGAAAGGUGGUCCAUGUGUGAUUUUUAUAUUGCCCACACCUGUUACUUGCCCCAGAUACCCGCAGGUCUGUCAGGAUACAAGUCUGAAACAUUUCAGAAGUUGAUGGCCCUGUACCUACAUGGAGCUGUAUGAGCUAUAUAGCAUCAAAAUGAUAAACAUUCUUAACCAUCACAUUUGUAAUGUCAUUAUUGUUAUCUGAAAAAUAAAUUCUGUCUUUAUUGCCCAAGUGUUCUUUUAGUUUCUCAAUACUUGGCUCGUGAUUUAGAAUUAUUUACAUUGUUGUGAGUCUUCUGAUGACAAUUGUGAUAAAUCUAUGUCCUUUUGUUGAUGUAACUUCUUAAAACAAUGGAUACAGAAUGUUACAGAAUUAAGGUGAACUGCUUUUGUUCUCAUGCUACAAUUAAUAUGCCAGCGACCUUCGUGUUUGGGAGGGAGAGUUGUUGUUAAUGAACCAGCAUUGUGAAAUCCGCUAACCCAUCCAAUUCUCACAAAUGACUUCAAAAUAAAAGUAAAUGUUAGUAUGUUU